AUGGUGCAGCAGGAGGUGGAGACAGGCCCUGUAUCCUGGGGUCAGCCCGCCAAUCACUCCGUCUUCUCAAGCUGCCACAAGAGCUGCCUGACCUUCUUCUGCCCGUGCGUUGCCUUCGGGAGGAUCGCCGAGAUCGUCGAUAAGGGGGCGACAUCAUGCUGUGCGAGCGGGACGCUGUACAUGCUGCUGGCCAUGACGACGGGGAUAGGCACCAGCUUCUACUCCUGCUGCUACCGUGCCAAGCUGCGGGAGGAGCACGGGCUCGCGGAGAAGCCCUGCGGCGACUGCUGCGUCCACUUCUUCUGCGGCCUCUGCGGCCUCUCCCAGGAGUACCACGAGCUCAAGAACCGCGGCUUCGACAUGAGCGCGGGAUGGGAAGCCAAUGCGGAGAGGAUGGGGAAGACCGCCGCGCCCUAUGUGAACUCCGGGAUGACUCGUUAGUCGAUCCAAAUGCAGUGCACACUUCUAUUCAAGUAGUCAACAUGCAGCUUCUAUUCUAGUCUUGUUUCUUGUGAUCCCUGUAAUAUGUGUUAGUGAACCCUCAAAAUCAAAAUAAAAAGUGUGCAAGUGUGUUUUCCUAUUGCAAGACGUUUUUCGUCUAGCCUGCCACCUCACACCAUGUGGCAUGUAGUUUAUGUGCAACUUAUAACAAGAUGUAUUAUCAUAACUUUGUGUGGAAUAAUAGACACAUACUCCCGGCCGGUAAUGA